AUGGCUAACCCUAACCCUACUCCCAAACAUCCCCUGUACCCGGAGGUCAUGCAGUCGAACCCAGAAGCCCCAUCAAUCCCUAACCCUACCUCCUCAUCCCGAAAUCUCUACCCUUCCCUCGACAUGAAAGACCUCGUCGACAAUCUUUUCCCUGAAAACUCUAACAUUAACCCUACCUCCCAUUACCAAUACUGGGCUCAGCCCUCAGCUCCACCGUCAUCUCAGCCCUCGGUUCCCCUACCAUCUCAGCCCUCGGUUCCCCGACCAUCUCAGCCCUCGGUUCCCCCACCAUCUCAGCCCUCUGCUCCGCCCUCAUCUCAGCCCUCAGAUCGGCCGUCAUCUCAGCCGUCCGCUCCGGCCGUGGCCACCGAAGAGGUCCUCAUCAAAAUCCCCGGCGCCAUUGUCAACCUUAUCGACAAGCACUACAGUGUCGAGCUCGCCUCCGGCGAUUUCACGAUCAUACGCCUCGUCCAAGGCGACGACAUCGUCGCCGUCCUCGCCCGAGUCGGAGACGAGAUCCAAUGGCCUCUGGCGAAGGAGGAAGCCUCCGUGAAGCUCAACGACUCGCAUUAUUUCUUCUCGCUCUACGCCCCGCCGGAUUCCGAGUCCGGGUCGGACUCCAAAUCCAAAACGACCACGAACGAUCCGGACAAUUUUUUGAACUACGGAUUGACGAUUGCGUCGAAAGGACAAGGGGGAUUGGUGAAGCAAUUGGAUGAGAUUUUGAAGAGUUACUGCAGUUUUUCGGAGCAGAAAGUUUCCGAUAAGGCGAAGAAGAAGGGGGAGGCGUUGGACGAUACAAUGGCGCUGGAGACGUCGCCGGCAGAGUUGAGUUCGGAGAAGAAAAAGGAGUUGGAGGAGAGGAGCGCUGCGUAUUGGACCACAUUGGCUCCGAAUGUGGAGGACUACAAUGGGAGGGCAGCUAAGUUGAUUGCGGCUGGGUCAGGCCAGCUGAUCAAGGGGAUUUUGUGGUGUGGUGAUGUGACAGUGGAGAGGUUGAAAUGGGGAAAUGAGGUUAUGAAGAAGAAGAUGGACCCGCUUUCGAAUAAGGAAGUCAGUCCCCAAACCAUGAGGAGGAUUAAAAGGGUUAAGAGUGUGAGCAAAACGACGCAGAAAGUUGCAGCUGGUGUUCUUUCUGGGGUUUUGAAAGUUUCUGGAUACUUCACAAGUUCGGUGGUAAAUUCCAAAGUAGGAAAGAAAUUCUUCCGUCUUCUGCCUGGGGAAAUUUUGCUAGCAUCACUGGAUGGAUUUUGCAAGGUGUGUGAUGCGGUCGAAGUAGCUGGAAAAAAUGUCAUGUCAACGUCAUCUACAGUAACAACCGAGCUCGUCUCCCACAGGUAUGGUGAACAAGCUGGUAAGGCUGCGAACGACGGGCUUGAUGCAGCUGGACAUGCCAUAGGAACUGCGUGGACUGUUUUUAAGAUCCGCAAGGCACUCAACCCAAAAAGUGUUUUCAAAUCCUCCACCCUAGCCAAGACUGCUGCUAAGUCAGCAGCUGAGGAAGUAAGGACUAAGAAAUCCAAAUAA